AUGGCCUUUUCAGCUGCAGCAAACCAACAGCCCGAUGGCCAAUAUCGUGUGCUAGACAAAAGUUGGGAAGACAUUCAACAAAAGGCGAGCAUCUGGACAUUUGCCAACUGGAUCAGCACCAAGUUAGCUGUCCGCGGCAUUGCUCCCAUCAAGUCGUUGGCCACUGACCUAUCAUCUGGCGAAACUUUAAUUCAACUGCUAGAAAUCAUUGGAGAUGAAUCAUUGGGCAAAUACAACAAGCACCCAAAGUUGCGUUUACAGAAGAUUGAAAACAUGAACAAGGCCUUGGAGUUUAUUAAGAAACGAGGUGUCAAUUUGACUAAUAUUGGUGCUGAAGAUAUCGUGGACUCUAACUCUAAACUCAUCUUGGGAUUGAUUUGGACCAUCAUUCUUCGUUUCAGUAUUGCUGAUAUCAGUGAAGAAGGUUUGACCGCCAAGGAAGGUCUCCUUUUGUGGUGUCAAAGAAAGACUCAACCAUACUCAGCUGAUUUCGCCAUCAAGGACUUUACCUUCUCAUGGAACAGCGGAUUGGCUCUUUGUGCCUUGAUUCACCGUCAUCGUCCUGAUCUCUUGGACUACUGGACCUUGGACAAGAGCAACAAACGCGAAAACACUACUCUGGCUAUGAAUGUCGCUGCAGAGCACUUGAACAUUCCAAAGCUGUUCGAGCCUGAAGAUUUGGUCGACGUCCCAAAACCUGAUGAACGAUCAGUCAUGACGUACGUCGCUCAAUACUUCCAUGCCUUCAGCGGCAUGGACAAGAUGGACACUGCUGGUCGUCGUCUUGGCCAGUUUGGUCAGGUCAUGCAUGCUGCUUGGGAAAUGCAGAAUGAUUAUGAGCGUCGCGUUCGUGCUUUUAUGGCUGGUAUUUCGGAAACUCAAAAGGGUUGGGCCAAGUCAUCCAACUUUACUGAAUACUCAGAAGCCAAGCAACAACUCACUGAAUUCGACCAAUACAAGCGCACCACUAAGCGUGGUUGGGUUGCUGAAAAACGAGACUUGGAUGCUCUUUUGGGCAACAUCCAAACCAAGCUCAAGACUUACAACUUGUCCCCAUAUGUUCCUCCAGCUGGUUUGGCUACGGCUGACAUGGAGAGCUCUUGGACUCAGUUGGUUCGUCUAGAAGGAGAGCGCAAGCAAAAGCUCACCUCUGUUAUUCGAGAAAUAAAAGAAACAUUAAAGAAGAAAUUCGCCACUGCUGCCAACCAAUUCCAAGCUGAAUUGGAACGCAUCUCCGCUUCUUUGGCUUCACUUGAAGGAGAACUUGAAGGUCAAUUGGAAGCAGUAAACCAAUUGAUUUCCAAGUUGCAGCCAUUGAAGACUCAUCUCGUUGACAUUGAAAACCUCAACUCUGAAUGCGUCCAAGCAAACAUUGAAGACAAUGAAUAUACCAUCUAUGACCAUUCCGACUUGGAAUUCGAUUGGGGUCUCGUAUCACAAUCAUUAUCCAAGAAGGCCUCCUUCAUCCAAAACCAGAUCGUGGCACGAACCAUGACCAACGUAUCUCCUCAACAAUUGGAGGAAUACUCUGAAACAUUCCGUCACUUUGACAAGGACAACUCAAACACCUUGUCCCGUCACGAGUUCAAGGCUGCUCUCCAAGUACAAGGCUACACGUAUGAUGAAGGUGAAUUUGACAAGAUCUUUGCUGAUGUCUCCAAGGGUGAUGAUAUUGUGUCUUUCGAAGAGUACAUUACCUUCGUGCGAUCUGUCGAAGAGGACAAGACUACUCCUGAACAACUCAAAUCUACAUUCAAGACUCUUGCUGGUGACAAGGUAGAAAAGGCUGUUGAGUAUAUCUUUGAAUGGAAUCUUCACCUACUAAACUCUCCACACCCCUCUCUCUCAACUCAGUCAUACAUCACAGAACAAAACUUCCUGGUCGGUGGUCUUCAGCCCGCUGUCAUUGAAAUGUUCAAGGCCACUCUUCCCAAGAAGGAAGGCGUUGAGGGUGGAUAUGACUAUGUUGCAUAUCUUAGAAAAGUGUUUGCCAAUUAA